AUGCCGUCGCUGUGCCCGUGCAAUACUUCGUUCCAUCGCACAUUCCCCGAAGCUUUGUUGCACACACCUCAGACGAUGCGGCCUCGUCCCUGCCUCGACCUCGCCACCAACCUUGUCGUGCUGGCCGCUUGCACUGUCGGGGCUCAAGCUGGGAAUAGCGACCCGGCUGCCACAAUCCCGACGUCGACCGUGGGCGGCCCGACCUCGACGUCUGCUGGCUCAUCGAACUCCACGGCGGCUGCUGCGCCAGCCGCAGCAAUGGCGAACACGACGACACCGCUUGUCCUCCUUUCGCCCCUCUCCUCCAGGCUCUACUCGACGCCCUACACUGAUCUCGAAGCUCUCGCGACGGAACCGCAUCUGCCGCCCUCUUACAGCCAGAUCAUCUCUCGACUCUCUUCGAUCUCGCUCGUGCUCAACACGACGUCUGAUGGCACGCUGCGCCUGCCCGUGGCCGGCAUACCACUCGCUACGACGUCUCUGCCCACAACGUAUCCGUCGAUCUACUCGCUCUCGAUCAUCCUACUCCUCCUGAGCCACGUCUUCACCUGUGCGCUACGGAUCCCACACGUCCUUCUAGCCACGUUGCCGCCGCGAUCCAGGCACCACAACCUCGUCCUGGGAUGGCUACGUCCGUACGCCAUUCCAAGCCCAUCGACUUCUACAGGCGUAGAUGCAAUCGUACGAGGACGACGUGAGGGUAGUGGCGGUGGUGCGGCAAACUCGAUCGAGACACGUCUAUACGCGUUUCGUCGCAUCGCUGCGUACCUCCAUGCAGCAGCUCUGCUCGUGUUUGGCGUGGUGACCCUCCUCUGGCGCAGCAGGGCUUCGACCGCCGUAGUGGCUCUAAACGCAUCGACGUCUUCCCUUCUCCUCCGGCCUGUCAACGACGACAAGCCCGACGAACGGCAGGCUAUUCGGGCCGAGCUCGGGAACCUUUUCGGCCUCUACUUCGCCCUGGCCCUCAUCGGAUUGACGGCUUGGUUGGCGGAGAAGAAAUGCACGGAACGGUGGACAAUCCAGCAGCAAGCGCUUCAGCAAGCAUACGAUGGGGUCAGAGCCGAAUACACGGAAUGGCAGAUGGACUGCCAGCGGCGGGUCUGGCAGAUGGAAAGGGAGUUGCAGCAAAGCUCCGCCACCUCCGUUGUCGCCAUCGGUGCUGCCAUGGCGGUGGGUGGCCCCGGUGGUGGAGCCGGGGACGAGGCGGACACAUCGGGACUCAAGGCCCAGGUCCGAGUGGAUCCGCCCGCCUAUCCCGCCAACGCGAUGUGCAGGGAGGCGGAACUGGAGGAGGGUGAAAAGGGGCGUGAGGCAGAAGCCGAAGGCCUAAGUUGGAGGCUGGUGGGCGAUCAAAGCGGGAAGAUCUACAAUUGA